UCAUGCUCACGGGCUCAUAAAGCAAACUAGAGAAAUCCCAAUGCACCGCUCAAGUCUUUGCAACUUAGCUACCAGAGCAGAGUGAUGGCAGAUGUUAUUGGCAGCACAGUGGCUGAUACACCACCCUCACAGGAGGAGAAACAUGAUGACCUUCCCCAGGACUCCACCAAUGAUGGUGUAAAGUCUGAUGUCAAAGCUGAAGAUGGGAGCGAAGCCACCUCUGACCCCAGCAUGUACCGCUACAUCAAAGAGGACCUCUUCACUUCUGAGAUCUACAAAGUGGAGAUCAGGAAUCUACCCAAGUUCAUCGGCUUCAACGACCUGAAGAAGUUCCUGGCCAAGCACAGCCUCAACCCGCACAAAAUCAAGCUGUUUGGCAAGCAGACCUUUGCUUUUGUCACCUUUAAGAAUGAGGAGGAGCGCGACAAGGCCAUGAAGAUGGUGCAUGGCAUGCAGUGGAAGGGCCAGGUGCUGAGCGUCAGGCUGGCCAAACCCAAAGCAGACCCCAUCCUGAGGAAGAGGAAGCAGGAGGAAGGAGAAGGCACAGGAGGGCAGCCCCCAUCCAAGCGAGCAGAGGGCGAUGAGGAAGAGGAGCCGCUCAGUGUCCAGAUUGCCAACGUGGUGACUCCUCUGUGGAAUGUGCCUUAUGAGGAGCAGCUGAGGAGGAAGGAGCAGGAGGUGGUGGGGGUCCUGCAGAGGCUGGCCAAAGAGAUUGGAAACACCAACAAAGCCAUGCUGCCAUGGCUGUUUGCACAGAAAGGGAAGUACAACAAAAUGUGUUGUCCCCUGGAAGCGAUUCAACCAUCUCCAACGCAGACAGAGUACCGAAACAAGUGUGAGUUCCUCAUCUCAGUGGGAGCAGACGGUGAGGACAAGACUAUCGGUUUCCGCCUGGGGAAAUAUAAAGGAGGUUCCUGUGCUGUGGUGGGGCCGGCUGAGACCUGCCAUGUGUCGGCCGAGGCCAAGAGAGUCGUCCACGAGUUUCAGAAGUUCAUCAGGACAACACCAUACUCUGUGUACAGUCCUGAGACAUAUGAAGGACACUGGAAGCAGCUGACUGUACGGACUACGAGGACCAAACAAGCCAUGGCUAUGGUGUUUUUCAACCCACAGAAACUUGAAGAAGAGGAACUCAAUGUGCUAAAGAGCUCCAUGAGGGAGUACUUUACAGAAGGAGAGGGGAAAGACAGCGGCGUGACCUCUCUUUACUUUGUUAGAGAGGGUCAACGGAAAUCUCCUAACCCGGAGGACUUGCCCUGUGAGCUGGUGGCUGGAGACAGCUGCAUUCACGAAGAACUGCUGGGUCUAAAAUUCAGAAUAUCCCCUCAUUCCUUCUUCCAGGUGAAUACAGGAGCUGCAGAGGUGCUGUACUCUGCUGUGGGGGAAUGGGCCCAGCUGGAUCAGGACAGCACAGUACUGGAUGUAUGCUGUGGGACAGGAACCAUCGGCAUCUCUCUGGCUAAGAGGGUAAAGAAGGUGAUUGGGAUCGAGCUGUGCCAGGAAGCAGUGGAGGAUGCCAAAGUUAAUGCAAAGCUCAAUGGUCUGAGCAACGUCGACUUUCACUGUGGAAAAGCUGAGGACGUGUUCCCCAACAUCCUCAGUGCUCUGGUAUCACCCAACGUCACAGCCAUUGUGGAUCCACCGAGGGCAGGCCUACAUUCCAAGGUGAUACUUGCCAUCAGGAGAGCAGAGUACCUGAAGAGGCUGGUUUAUGUGGCGUGCAAUGCAAAGGCAGCCAUGAACAACUUCAUUGAUCUGUGCAGAGCACCGUCCAACAGAGUUCACGGAGCCCCGUUCCGUCCCGUGCGAGCCAUGGCCGUGGAUCUGUUCCCUCAGACCAUGCAUGUUGAGAUGCUCCUGCUGCUGGAGAGAGUGGACUAUGACUCACAGCAGCAGACCAGCAGCACUCAGGAGGAGACAGGUUCUUAGCCAUAGAAACAGACUGUCUACAGUUUCAUAGGUAGCAUGGGCUUUGCAUAGUAGAAAUGUAUGCACCCACUCAGUACUCCAAGGUACUGGGCUUGGCAAAGCUAAUGUUAACAUUUUUUCCUCUGUUAUUUGUUUAAAUAUGUGCAAGGCCUUAUACGCUGAAAGGGUCAGUUCAUGCAAACAGUCAGCACUCACCAGUAUCUCAUCUAGUUAAGUUUUCUUAUGCCGUAAUGCAGGAUUAAUUUGUGCUUCAAAUAAACUUAAUGUUAUUACAGUAUGCAUUUAUUUAACUGAACUUUAUUGACUCUGUCCCUUUGCCUGCUAAGCUUGUUUAGUUAGAGAAUUUUUGCUGGCUAUGUCUUGAGACCAUAAAACUACAUAGAUUUAAAUGGACGCUUUUGAUUUCAAACUAAUACUUUGUUCAACUGUAAUUCAUGGCAGUACUACACAAGUGGGCACUAUGGAAAAAAUAGCUUUACCUUUAUUCCUUUUUUCCCCAUAAUUCAGUGAGUGAAUAAAACAAAGCCCCCCCAAGUCAUUAGUCAAGACAUUUUAUUUUGCAUAACAAAGAUCACUGAAGUCAUGGAGCUGAGGUUGCAAUACAUACUUCAUUUUCUAGGCAACAUCCCGAACAAUUCAUUGGUACAACUCAACAGCAACACAUAUAAAAGCAGUAUUUUUUUUUCCUGUCUUCUCACGCUGACGCAUACAUGGCAAGACAAACACACGCACAGAGAAAGCACAUUCUUAAAGCAAUCUACAAUAUCACAACAGCCUCGUGUUUAAAUCGUGAUGUGUCCUUGUAUGUUUUGUAGAAAAAGCACAGACCAAAUACUCGACAGAAUGCACAGCAGUUUCUAUUUUGUUCCAGCAAGUAAUAUAUCUAUGCAUUUUCCUGUUAUAGAUGUUUCUACUGUACAGUUUGCAGCAACAUGAAGUAUUCUAUAAAAUGCAUAAGACUGCAUGUAAGCUUUGGUAUACACAGUUUCAUCAGCUUGUGUUGGACUCAAUGACUUGAUCGCAUUUUGUUCAUGUCAGUGUGCCAACUAAAUUUUGCAAGGCUGCCUUUUGAAGAAUGUAUUCUACUUGUGGUCAGAAAGUAUGAUCUGCUGUCACAAUGAUGGCAAACACAAUACACAGUCCAUUAAGAUGAGUCUUAAAAAUCUGCACACUCUGUAGGCGUUUUCCAUAAAGUUUGUUUUAUAGGCUGUCUUCUUUAAAAAUACUAAUUGGCUAAACGAUAAAUGCUUUAUCAAGUAAAGGGGGCUUGGUCUUUCCACUUCCUGUUGAAGGGUGUUUUAGGUCCAAUGUACUGUAUAUACUCUGAGCCCUUCAUGAAAUGGAUUAACUAAGGCAACACGUAGCCAACGGGAUUUGUUGUUUGUUUGUUUUUUUCCUAAAGGGCACCAAAACUGAAAAGCAACUGAAAUGUGUUAGUUGUUGUGUAUGGCAUUAGUACUUCAAGAAAAAGCAAGCUGAGAACGAAGAGCUUAAAAGAAAUUAACUUUUGCAUUACAAUACUCUAUGGCCCUGUGCUUGGGUUUACUGCAGUGUUGGCAUGGAGAGCUGGACGUCAGCUUGUUUAAUUGCCAAAGGG